UUGGGUGGUAAUGGUAGUUCUUUCAUCCACACACACACACACACACACAAGCACAAACAGGGGAAAAAAGGAUAGGAAGGAGGGCGGGUGAAAGUUGAAACACAGAACUUCAGAAAGAGCAAUUCAGCCAUGGGAAGCACAAGCAGGGCAGAAAAGCUGGAGAUGUUUGAGGUGGGACCCUGUGAAGAUGCUUACCAGAUGGGCUUCCUCAUAGGCUGGAGGUUCUCCAACCUCAUAAAGAGCAGGUUAGCCACAGACCUCAUCUUUAGACACCAACUCCUUCCCUAUGCCCACUCCCCUCAGUCUCAGCCACUCAUCAGAUCACUCUCUCACACCAACAAGAGCAAGUUCCCAAGGUACUGGGAUGAGCUGUUAGGAACUGCAGAUGGGAGCGGCGUGCCUCUUCUCCAUAUAUUACUACUGAACUUCAGGAAGGAGGUGCUCCCAUUUCUCCCAAAGACAGCGAUAACAGUUCCAGAUGUGGAGACCUCAGAUGAUUGCUCUGAUGUUCUCAUUGUAAAUGAUUCCAUGGCCAUUGCAGCACACAAUGAGGAUGCUAAUAUUGCUUUGGUUGGCCACACGUAUCUGAUCAAGGGAAGACUGUCAACUGGACUACAGUUCACUGCUUACACAUAUGCUGGCGAACUCCCAAGUUGUGCAUUUGGAUUCAACAGCAAUGGAAUGGCAUUCACUCUAAAUUCUGUACCUCCAUCUGAAAGUGAAAUUGUGCCUGGUGGCAUUGCACGGAACUUUAUUUCUCGAGAUCUGCUUGAAGCAACCAGCCUUGAUGAUGCACUGAGUCGAAUUCGUUUAUCAGAAGCUUCAGUUGGCCAUAGCUAUAAUUUGGUUGAUGUGGGAAAACGUAAGAUCCUGAAUGUUGAAACUGCAUCAAGGAACAGAGUUUCGGUUCACGAGGUUGGGAUGAAGCCUUUCUUCCAUGCAAACAUGUAUCUUCACCUCCAAGUAGAGCAGGUUCAAGAUGAGAACUCUAUAAGCAGGGAAAGAAAAGCAGCUCAACUACCAAAACCGUCUAAAGCUGAUAUCCUCUCAGUUCUUGGAGAUGUGGAUGAUGAGAGAUACCCCAUCUACAUGACAGGUCCAACACUCUACACAUUAUGCACAGCAUUGAUUGAUUUGGAUGAACAAACAUUAUCCAUAAUUCAAGGGAACCCAAAGAAGGGAGAAGUUUCUCAUGCAUUUGCAAUGUCUUCAAAGAAAUCUUGAGAUGCCCCCAUGGAAGGUCUCACCUACAAGGUUCAUAUAGGCCCAACAUGUGACCAUCAAGACAUCGCAUAGCUGCAACCUGCAGUGCAAAUCCAGCAUGUUGUGUUCAAUCAUCAGAAUCUUUUGUGAGGAGACAGUAAUGAUUGCAUAAAACUGGCAUAAAACUGGUCGAAGUGAGGAUGCUACCUUGCCAUGAAUCUCAUAUUUGAUGGAACCAUCCAGUUCUGCUCCUAAUGCCAUCAACUUUGUUACCGUGCUGUUAAUGUCAGUUACAGUGAAGGACAGAAGUGAAGAGUAUCCAUUCUGCACAACAUGGCCACUGUGAAGCAUGAAUUAGGGCUAAGACGAGCAAAAUAAAAAACCCAAGGGCAUUGAUAGAGAAUCAUUAUUUUACAAUAAGCAUUGUAUUCAUCUUACCAUAUAAUCAAAGACAAACUAGAAAAGGAAACUAUGAACUUAUUGCUUCUAGUUAAUAGAACUCUUGAAGCCAGCAUUAUCUCCAGCUAUGUUACAACAGUGCGCUUCAUUGUUUAUUUUGGCCAUGUUGAUAAUGCAAUGGAAAACACUUCAUGUAUGACGUUGUUUGGAGAGGGGGCGAACCUAUGUUA